AAAAAGGAAAACAGGUUGGCUGUUCUCUUCUGUUUCGUUUAAAUUAGAAAAGGGAUAUUUACUAAGAAUGGCAUUUUCGCAAAUCCUCCCUUAAAAGUAGCCAGCCAGCCAGCCAACUUGGGUUUUGUUUGGCUGCCUCCUUUGGUCCUUCCUACUAUAUUGUUCUGGUUGUAGUAUAAAACUAUAUAGGAAGGAGGAAGAGAGGGUUUCGUAAUCUUCGUCACUUUUUUCUAUUGUCUGAUUGUCUCUCUCUGCCCCAUACAACAAAACUUGUCUCUCUCUCUCUCUCUCUCUUUCUCUUUCGCAGCGCCCGCUCGCUCUCAUCAAAUUGAAGGAGGUUUGUAUUGUUUUAAUUGAAGAAGAAGAGUGUGCAAAUUUACGGAUCCAGGGAAUGCAGAAACAUGUAUUUGAAAGCAGCUGAACACAAGUGCUCUACCACCACCAUCUCUCACAUCCCUUCUCCCUCCUUUGGGCCUUUGUCCUCCUCGCUCUUCCAUCAUGACACCCGCUUCCUAAACCACCCUGCUUCCACCACCCUUCUCCCCUGGUUCCAUCCCUCCUCGCAUGCUAGAAAAAACGCCACUUGGAAGCAUGAUCUCUGCGAAGACGGUUGAUCCUCCUCUUCUCGCCUCCUCCUGAGUUCAUCAUCAUUUUAGUAUAUUCUAGGUUCUUCUUUUUAAUCUUUUUAAGUUAAUAUAGUCUACUAGUCUAGUCUGUGAGUGUGAGUGAGAGAGAGUGAGUCAAUAAUGGAGAAGAAAGGGUCUGUGCUGAUGCUCCGUUACGAGGUCGGCAAGUUUCUUGGUCAGGGUACCUUUGCUAAGGUGUACCAUGCUAGGCAUUUGAAAUCUGGUGAUAGUGUUGCAAUUAAGGUCAUCGACAAAGAAAGAAUCCUCAAAGUUGGUAUGACCGAGCAGAUUAAGCGUGAGAUCUCUGUCAUGCGUCUCCUUAGGCAUCCUAACAUCGUCGAGCUCCAUGAAGUCAUGGCCACUAAAUCUAAAAUCUACUUCGUCAUGGACCACGUCAAAGGAGGUGAGCUCUUCAACAAAGUCUCUGCUGGCAAGCUGAGCGAAGACGUUGCCAGAAACUACUUUCAACAACUUGUACGCGCUGUUGACUACUGUCACAGCCGUGGGGUAUGCCACAGGGACUUGAAGCCCGAGAAUCUCUUGUUGGACGAGGAUGGUAGUCUUAAGGUGUCUGAUUUUGGUCUGAGCGCUCUUUCCGACUCUAGAAGGCAAGAUGGGUUGCUUCACACCACGUGCGGCACCCCUGCAUAUGUUGCACCUGAGGUGAUAAGCAGGAGAGGCUAUGAUGGUUUCAAAGCCGAUGUCUGGUCCUGUGGAGUCAUACUGUACGUCUUGCUCGCCGGUUAUCUACCCUUCCGUGAUUCCAAUCUUAUGGAGCUGUACAAGAAGAUUGGCAAAGCCGAGGUCAAGUUCCCAAACUGGUUUGCUCCCGGGGCAAAGAGAUUGCUCAAGAGGAUCUUGGAUCCUAACCCCAACACCAGAGUAUCAACUGAAAAGAUAAUGAAGAGCUCUUGGUUCCGGAAAGGCCUGCAGCAAGAGCAGAAGAAAGGAUCUGUUGAUGAAGAGGACGUUGACGUUGACAUUGACGUUGACGCAGAGGCAAACGCUAACGCUAACGCAAGUGCAGAGAAGGAAAAGAAGCGGUGUAUCAACCUGAACGCGUUUGAGAUAAUAUCUCUGUCGACGGGGUUUGAUCUCUCGGGGCUGUUCGAGGAGGGAGAGGAGAAGGAGGAGAUGAGAUUUACAACGAACAAAGAGGCGUCUGAGAUAACAGAGAAGCUGGUGGAGAUAGGGAAGGAGCUCAAGAUGAAAGUGAGGACCAAGGAACAAGGAUGGAAGGUGAAGAUGGCGGCUGAGGCUGCAGUGGUUGAAGCGGAGGUGUUUGAGAUAGCGCCGAGCUUUCACAUGGUGGUGCUGAAGAAGAGCGAUGGAGAUACGGCGGAGUAUAAGAGAGUCAUGAAGGAGAGCAUAAGGCCGGCUUUGAUCGACAUUGCAUUGGCUUGGCACUGAAGAAGCAUAUAGACAGUACUAUUCUUUUUCUGUGUGUUCUUUUUAAUAUUGUUGUUUUACCAAAAAGUGUUUGUCUAGUUUAUGUAUUUUUCUCUCGAGUCUCGUCUUUAAGACGUGGUGUUUCUUGUGUUCGAGGAGGCGUGUCAGUGUAACUGUGUAAUAAUAAUGAUGAACUCAUGAUAUAUAUGUAUGAGGAAGGACCAGUUAUUAAGUAGUUUGAUCUCA